AUGUUAUACGAUUUUUCUGAACCAGUUUGUCGAGGAUGUUGUAAUUAUGAAGGUGCAGAACGUAUCGAAACAAUUAUUGAUAAUGCUCGUGCAUUACGUCGAAGUUCAGUGAUGGAAAAACAAACAGUUCAUGUACCAUUAUCUACAUCAUCUACUGUAACGACUUCAACAAAAGUCGCUAAUAAUGGUAAUCAUCAUCCAAUAUCAAUGUAUCAAAAUCAAAUUCGUAAUAUAGCCACUCAAUCAAAUGGACACCGUUUUUUAGGCGAAACAAAUUCUCGUCCAAAUCUUGUCAUGCCAUUAUCAAAUCGUAAUAUAUCGAAAAAUACUCGUCUAGAUGAUGGAUUACAUAAUACAAAUAUUUCUCAUCAUCUUUUACAACAUCAGAGUCCUUCUCCUCCCUAUCCUGAAUCGUCAACAGUCGAGGCAAUUAUACCAGAUGAUUUAUCAAUGCCUGAACUAGUCAAAGAUAUUUUACGUAUAUUAUCAUCAUCAAUACCAUUUGAUAUACGUUUAAAAAAAGAUACAACAAUUAUUGGACGUAUAUUCUUUUUUGAUUCUUAUUUGCGUUCACCUAAUGAAUAUGAACUUCGUACAUAUGUUGAAUAUCCUUAUACUGUUCAUGGUUCAAGUAAUGUUUAUACAAAUUUAACAACUCUAUUGAAACAAAUGAACUCCAAUUCUACUAAAGAUAAAUCUAUAGCAUCAACCUCAUCACCACCAUUACCAACAAUAACGACAACAACAAAUUCUAUUAGUAACAGUCCAACACGUUCAAUAACAAAUUCUUAUCAAGCUUUAGAAUAUAAAACAAAAGAUGAUAAUUGGCAUUUAUUAGGUGAACUACUAUCAGAACGUGUUCGUACAUUUCGUGAACUACCCAAUCAAGAUAUACUUCCUCAAUUAUAUCUCGAUCCGAAAUAUUCAAAACUACCAGUUAUUACUGCAACAGCACGUUUAAAUAAACGAAAACAUUUGUCAACACUGGAUUUUGAUAUUGGAUGUAUUCAUUCAAAUAGAACAUUAGCUGGUCUCAACUGUUUUGGACCCUCAAAAACGAAUGGUUAUCGUUUACCUACGAAACGAACGCGAUGUGGAUCUGAUACAGGAACGACAACAAAACAACAUAAACAACAAACAACUUCAACUGAGUCAACAGAUGGAACAAGCGAUGCUACAAGAAUAGAAUCAACAGUAUCAACAUUACGUGAAAUUUUAAAAUGUUCUCAAUGUUUACGACCAUUAGAGGAUACUCAUUUUGUCCAGUGUCCAUCGUCAAUGGCUCAUCGAUAUUGUUUUCCAUGUUGUCGUGAUUUUAUUAUAAAACAACCGUCAUCAUCAAAUCAAGAGAUAUAUUGUCCAAGCGGAGAAAAAUGUCCGCUACUCGGCUCUCAUAUACCUUGGGCAUUUAUGAAAUCAGAAAUAGCAACAAUUCUUGCGUCAACAAAAGCAGCAGUCAAACAAGAAGCAGAAACAUGA